AAUGUGUCGUUAAAUAAAGGCUUAGCUUUGACUGGUCAUUUCAGAAGGACUUUUAGUUGCUUUUCUUUGUCUUGAUAUGCAUGGUUGUUAUAUGUAUAAUAUAAUUGAAUAAUAGAGCAUGGUCUGGUGAACAAUUCUAGAAAACAUGUCAACUGAAAGUCACAUAGCUAAUGCUAACUAGCUAUAUUCUUACAUUUUGCACAGAACACCUAUCUUUAGCUUAACGCUAACGUUGGUUACAGCUUGCACUUGAAACUUAUCCACCGAGACUUGAGCGUGCUCGAUUCAUGUAAAAUGUCAGCGCAAAAAGACUGCGAGUUUUUGGUGAAAAGAGCCCGGGAGCUGGUCUCUGAUGAUCCCUGUGCGGCCAAAGCCUGGCUCAUAACUGCCAGAACCCUUUACCCUGCAGAUUUCAACAUACAGUAUGAAAUGUACAUCAUUGAACGCAACGCAGAGAGGACAGCAUCGGCAGGGAGACUGCUGUAUGACAUGUUUAUAAACUUUCCAGAUCAGCCCAUUGUUUGGCGGGAGAUCAGCGUCAUCACAGCCGCCCUGCGCAGUGACUCUCAGGACAAACAUGCACAGUUUUUACGAGGGCUUUUUGAGACACUGCCUGGCCGUGUGCAGUGUGAGAUGCUACUGAAAGCCACAGAGCAGUGUUUCAACACUUUGGAGAAGGCAGAGAUGCUGCUCCUCCUUCUUAAGCGCUUUCCAGAGUCUGUGGUCCAACACGGGGUCAAUCUAGGAGAAACAUUGUUAGAGGCGGAGGCAUCAGAGAAUGUGGAGACUCCUGUCAACUGCUUCAGAAAACUUUUUGUGUGUGAUGUUCUUCCUUUGGUCAUAAACAACAUGGACAUGCGCUUGCCGGCCAGCCUGAUGCAGAAGUACAUGCUGAAAGCAGCUGAAUUCUACAUCGGCUAUAUUACCCGUGGACCCGCACCUGAUGCACAGAUACAGGGCGCUCAAGAAGGUGGGUCUCUGAAGUCACCCAGUGUGUCCCGUGGCUCCCAGCGUUAUGUGAUUGACGGCCUGUCAGAAAAGUCAUCAGUCGUAGCAGAACCUUGGGAGAGGCUGUUGGAUAUCCUCGCUGUGGUUGGAGCACGCUGCGAGUGGCAGGGAGACAAGGGACAGAGGAGUUACGUAGACAUGCUGCAGAGAGUGAAGGAGCUGUGUCGCUACCUGCCUGGUCUGGAAGGAGACACAAGGUCCCGCUGCUGCAGUCAAGUGGUCAUCUGUGCUGCACUUGUCCUCUUCCGCAGCGCCUUCCUCUAUGUCUCAGCUGUACAGCCUGCACUAUUCCAGGGUGUGAAUGCAUUGGGUUCGGGGCCGUGGAUCCUUGUAGAGGAUUUCAGCUCGGUGUAUAAUGAUGUGGAGGUGGAAAGAGCAGCAGUGAAACAUGCACAUAAGAAACGCAAACUGGCAGAUGGGAGGGAGAAGACAAUGAGCUCAGAUGAUGAGGAAGGGUUGGGAAAAGGUCGCGGUCGACACAUUUUUGUGAACAAGACUGAGAUGCCCAGCUGGACAGAGACUCUGGAGAGCUUCCGCACAGCGAGGGAAAGCUGGGACCUUCUUCACUCCCACGACAGCCUGGAGACUGAGUUCAAGAAGAUCUGUGCCUCUUGGAAGACAGACAGCUGGCUGUGGUUCAGAAUAUUCCUCUCUGACAUGAUCAUAUACCAGGGACAGUAUCGUAAGGCCCUCUCCAGCCUGCACCAGAUGGCUGCAGUGCAGCAACCUCAGCCUGGGCAGCACAGCCCCUCAGGUCAGGCCAGUCUGGAGCACCACAGGGCCCUCAUACAGCAGGCCUCCUGCCACUACGCACUGGGAGAGUACAGGAUGGCCUGUGAGAAGCUGCUUGAUGUUGUCAGUGGGCUAGUGCCCCCAAACCAAGAACCAACAAAGAACCUAGAGGAUCAGGGUAGAGUCAAGACCAAAACGAGGAAAGGUAAUGACCUGAGAUUGCUUCCCUGCACCAGUAAAGCUGUGUUACCUUUCUGCCUCCAGCUGAUGCUGGCCUGCUUCAAGCUCCGUGCCUUUACAGACAGUCGUGACGACCUGUCCCUCGGUCAUGUGGUGGUGCUCCUGCAGCAUGACUGGCCACAGGGCGAGAUGCUGUUUUUAAAGGCAGUGGAUAAAAUCUGUCAGCAAGGCAGUUUCCAGUAUGAGAAUUUCUUCAACUAUGUCACCAACAUUGACAUGCUGGAGGAGUUUGCAUACCUACGCACUCCUGAAGGGGGAAGGAUUCAACUGGAGCUGCUGCCCAAUCAGGGAAUGCUUAUCAAGAACCCUAGUCCCGCCCUGGGGGUGGAGUUAAAUACCCUUCUGCUACAAGGGGUGCAGACGAUGGACAGACACCACACAGUGACUCGUGGCAUCACCAAAGGAGUGAAGGAAGAUUUCCGUCUGGCCAUGGAGAGGCAGGUGUCACGUUGUGGAGAGAACCUGUUCACUGUGCUUCACCGUUUCUGCAUCAACGAGAAAAUCAUCAUCAUCCAGUCUCUUCCUUGACACCUGUCAUGUGACUUUUGAACCUUUUCAUAGUUGAUAUUCUGGGCGCAGUUUUAAUGCAGUUGGACUGACUUUAUGAUCCCAACAGCUGUUUCUCAACACUGGAAACAUUUCUCGCUCUCUUGUCUUUAUCAUUCAUCACCGAACUCUUAAGAAAAUAAUAAGUCUCUUCUCAGAGAGUUGGAGAGAAUACUGGUUUUCUGAAUAUACAGUGCUCAUGCAGUUUUCCUUGUAUGUGUGUAGUUUUCGUCUUUACUGGUGUUAACCACAACUUGUGCUUAACCACAUUUUAAGUGGUUUAAUCAUAUUGUGACAUUUUGUGGGAGUCAAUAUUGACAAAAGAAUGAAGUGCAUUUUUGAUAUUCUUGAGUAAAGUUUAUUGUUUUUGUUACA